GACGACUUCAUGGGUCGGCUGACGGCGGCGCUGGGCGAUCUGCAGCACCGCUUUCAGGGCUCCGUCACCAACGUCUCGCUAGGUCCGCUGUACGGCGAGUACGGCACGUUCCUCCCCACGCACGUCACGCCGUCGGGGGCUGCUGCCGCGCCCUCCGCGCGAGACGCAUCCCGCGGCGGGGGGACAACGGCAGGAGCAGGCGGGGCAGGGGGUGGAGCUGGUAAUCCAGGCGCGGCGGGAGCGGGUGGGGCGGCGGGAGGGGCGGGGGCGGCAGGCGGCGGCGAGGAUGGCGGGAAGGACGGUGCGGUGGGCGGUCGGGCGGACGGAGGCGCGGAGGCGGGCGAUGGCGGCCAGUCGGCGCGCAGCGAAGGCGACUGCAUGCAGGUCAUCCCGCUGCUGGAGGCGGACAUGGGGCCGUCGGGCGUGCUGGCAGUGGCGCGCAGCAGCGUGCCCGCCGCCAUCCCCGGGCCCUCUGCCGCGUGGCUGCGCGAGCAGCAGCACAGCCACAGCCACGCGCACCACCACAGCCACCCCGCGGACGCCGCGGACGGCGGGGAAGGGGCGGAAGGGGCGCGCGGGGAGCGGCGUGACGGGUCAGGCGGGGGGGACGGGAGCGGGGACUCGGGGGAGGGCGAGGAGGAGGGGAUUAUGGAGGGGCGGCGCGGGGGCGCGGGCGGCAGGGAGCAGGACGGGCGGAAGGGGGAAAAGACUGGGGGGAGUGGGAAGGGGAAGGGGAAGGGCAGCGGGGCGAAGGGGGGCGUGCGGUCAGUGAAAAUCAAGCUGGGCGGGCGGGCCGUGGCGCGGGAGGGCGCGGGCAACGGGGCGGGGGGCGGAGGAGGCAGCAGUCCGGGCAGGAGCGGGGGGGGCGAGUGGGGGGACGAGAAGCGGAGGCGGCGAGGGCGAGGGCGAGAGGAGGGCGUGGCAGGGCGGGCGAGGAGCGAGGCGUGGGACAUGAGUCUGGACGACAUUCAUGGGCUGCUGACGGCGCACGUGGCUGUGAAGCUGCUCUCGCCGCUAGCCUCGCUCCUCACGCCGCCGCCUCACCAACCUUCCGUCUUCCCGCCCCCCCUCUCGCCCCCUCCGCUCAACCCUGCGCGCUUCGCGCCGCCCCCGCCCGCGCGCGCCAAUGGCGUGCAUGCGCCAGGGCGCGCGGAGGCGCAGGCAGGGGCGGAGGGGAAGGGGAAGAGGGACGCGGGGCACAGCGGGUCCGCGCAGGGCGUGGGCGCUGGGAGGGACGAGGGGCGGAGGGGGGACGAGGGCGCAAGGCACAGGCAGUGGCGGCUGUCGCCCACAGGCGCAGCGCAGCAAGCGCAAGGGCGGGGGGGUAGCGGAGGCAGUGGCAGUGGCAGCGGCGUGAGGGGGUCCGUGUCUCCCCCUCCUCGUAGCCACCUCGCCUCCCGCUCUGCCAGCCCUGCGUCUCGCGCCAGGCUAGGCACGCCAGACGGCGCGGGCUACAGCCCCGGUUUACCCGCGAAAAAGGAGGGCGGUGGUGGGGUUUCUGGGCGGAAGUCAGGCGGGGGCAGUGGGGGGAAGGAGAGGGGGCUGGAGGAGGAGGGUGGCACAGGGGGGAAGGACGGGAAGGGCGCACGGGAGGGCGGGGAUAAACCGGUGGAGGUGAGGAGUGAAGGGAGCAAGAAGCGGGGGAAGGGGACGGAUGCGGUCCAGGGGAAGGGCGGAGGGACAGGGGCGCGGGAUGGCGGUGGCGCGUGGGCCGGCGGCAGCAAGGAUGGCGCGCGGGGGAAGGCGCAGGGGGGGGAGCAGGGCGAGGCGAGGGCGGAGAGGGGGGUGGUGGGUGCGGCGGAGAAAGAGAGCGAGCGGGCGGCGGUGGGUGGUGGCGGCGAGGUGCGUGAGGGGAAGGAGAACGGCGCGUGGGGCAACGGCGUUCCCAGUGGUUCCGGGUCAGAGGAGGCGGGCGGGGAGAGGUGGAGGGAGAAGGAGGGUGCGAGGUGGCGUGGUGAGGGCAGGGAGAGGGGGAGGGGCAAGGAACGGGGUGGGGAGGAGGGGAACGGGGAGGCGGGGAGGGAGGAGGGGACGAGUGAUGGGGGCAAGGCGAGGGAGGGAGGGAGGGAGAAGAAGCAGCGGAAGCAGGGGAGAGAGGAGAGGGAUGGCGAGGGGCAGGGCGACAUGGCGAAGGGCGGUGAGAAGCGAGGCGGGGAGAAGGAGGUGAGGCGGCGGGGGGAAGGGGAGGGCGAGAGGGACGGCGAAAGGGAGGGCGGUAGGAGGGGCGCACAGGGGUGGGAGGAGCAGCGCGAGGGGGGGGGCGGCGAGAGAGGCAGGGAAGGCGCGGAGGAGGCUGAGGAUGCUAGAGAGGGGGAGAGAAGAACGGGGGAGGCGGCAGGGAGUGGCAUGGCGCGUGUGCUCUCACUGGCGGAGGGCGUGGGGGAGGGUGGGGCGGGCGAGGGCGCGCCAAGGGAAGCAGCGCUGCGCAAUGGCCUGGUGGGGGCCGGCGCUGGGGGGAGGGGCGUGGGGAAGAAAGCACCCAAAGGGGCUGCUGCUGUGGACUCGAGUCGAGGGGGAGGGGCGACUGGUGGGGAGGGCAACGAGGAAGGGCGUGGGCGGGUGAAAGUGGAGGGGGCGUGGGAGGAGGGCGGGAGAGGGGGCAAGGUGGGUGGGCCGGGGGGGUCAAAGAAGCGAGCACGGGAGGAGUGGGACGGGGAAGGGCAGGAGGGCGAUGGUAUGGGUGGGCUGCCGCAUGCUGCCAGCACAGGGGGACGCACGGCAGGCGGUGCAUUGGGGGGCGCAGGCAAGGAGAGGACAGGGAAAGGUAUCCGGGAAGGGAAGAAGGAUCGUGGAAAGCAGUGGGAAGGGAAGGCGGGGAAAGGCGAGCAGGGAGUGGCGAGGGAGAGAGGGGCUGCAGGAGAUGGGCCCGUCCCUGCUGCUGCCACUCCUGCUGCUGCUGCUGCUGCCACCGCCCCUGCACUGCCCCUGGCUGCUGCAGAAGGGUGCGGGGCGGAGCAGCUAAAGGACGACUGGGUGGGGUGCGAGGCGUGUGGCAAGUGGCGCCUGCUGCCGCCGUCCAUCCAGCCCUCGUCGCUGCCAGACGAGUGGUACUGCCACAUGAACACCUGGACCAUUCUCAUUCUCUCCCCUCUCCCCUCUCCCCUCUCCUCUCUUUCCUCUCCUCUCUCCCCUCUUUCCUCCCCCCUCUCCCCUCUUUCCUCUCCCCUCUCCUCUCUUUCCUCCCCCCUCUCCCCUCUUUCCUCUCCCCUCUCCUCUCUUUCCUCCCCCCUCUCCCUUCUUCUUCCUUCCCGCUCCCCUCUUUGCUCUCCCCUCUCCCGUCUCCCUUCUCCCCUCUACCCUCCCCCCUCUACCCUCCCCCCUCUACCCUCCCCCCUCUACCCUCCCCCCUCUACCCUCCCCCCUCUACCCUCCCCCCUAUACCCUCCCCCCUCUACCCUCGCCGCUCGCCUCUCAUGGCUGCGCGUCAACAGGCCUGAGUUAGCGCAGUGCGAGAUACCAGAGUAUCGCACGUCAGCAGCAGUCUACUACUCGCUCGGCCUGCCCUUCCCCACGCACCUCCUCCCCCCAGGCGCCACUCUCCCCCCGCCGCCGCCCUCAGUCGUCGCCGCCAUGCAAGCAGCUGCUGCUGCUGCCGCUGCCGCCGCUGCUGCUGCCGGUGGUGCCGCCGCUGCUGCUGCUCCUGGUGCUGCUGUUGGUGGUGGUGCUGCUGCGGCAGUGGGUGGGGAUGCGGGCGGGAAAGGAGGCAAGGCGCCGAAGCUUGGGAGGUCAGGGAGUAAGAGGAGCGUGGGGCAGGUGCAGGUUGGAGGGAAGAAAGACAAAGGGGGUGAGAAGGAGUGGAAGAAGGGAAGGGGGAAAGGGAGAGGGGAGGAGGACGACGAGUGGAUGCAAGGGAAGAAGGGGUGGGGCAGGGAUGAGAAGAAAAGGCAGGUGGAGGGGGAGGUGCAGGUGCGAGAGGAGAGGAGGGACGGAGAGGCGGAGCGAAGGGAAAAGCGGAGGAGGCGAGACAGCAGUGAAGAUGGUCGUAGCUUUGCCGCUGCUGCCGGUGGUGGUGCUGCUGGUGCUGGUGGUGGUGGUGGUGGUGCUGCUGCUGGUGAUGGUGGCGUGGCAGGCGAAGGUGUUGUUGAUGGGGGUCGGGUUGACUGGGACCGAGAUAUAGAGGAGAUGGAGCGAGAACGCGAAAGGGAGAGAGAACGAGAAAGAGAGAGGGAACGCGAAAGGGAGAGAGAGAAGGAGAGAGAACGAGAGAGGGAGAGAGAGGGGGAGAGGGAGAGUGAACGGGAGAGAGAAAGGGAGCGUGAGGAAGGGAGGUCGAGGGAGAGGGGACGGCGGGAGGGGUUGGCAGCCGAAACAGGAGCGGGGGGGAAUGGAGAGAGUCUGGGGAAGGGUGGCGACGAGAGGGUGGUUAAGGACGCAGAGGGUCUCAUAGGCAGCAGGCCGGGCAGGCAUGGUCGCACGGGUAGAGAGGGCCGGGAUGGGAGGGAUUGGAGAGAGGGGAGAGAGGGGAGGGAUGUGAGGGAUGGGCGGGAUGGGAGGGAUGGGAGGGAGGUACGCGAUUGGAAGGGCAAGGAGCGGAGAGAGAGUGAGGAAGGUGGGAGGGAGGUGGGGAAGGCGAAGCAGGAGGGUGGCGUGGAGGAGCGAGGGCGAGGCGAGAGAAAGCGAGACACGGGCGAGUGGCAAGCAGGGGCGGAGGUAGGGAAGAGGGAUGCGAGCAGGAGGGAUGGUUGGGGGAGUGAGAGGAAGGGCGGGGACAGUGGCAAGGUGGUAGGCGAGGAGAGGGGAGCAAAGGCGGAGAGGGGGGAGGAGGAGGGCACAGAGCAGGGCGCAGACACGGGGGUGAUGGUGGGUGGUCGCGAGGCCGCAGGGGUGGGCGUGAAACAAGAGGGUGGGGGCGGCAGUGGUGGCGGUGGUGGUGCUGGCGGUGGUGCUGGGAAGCAGUCUCCACGGUCGCCAGUAGGUGUGGGCGCGCAGGGUAGGCCUGCCAUCAGCAUCCUCACCUCCUCCUCCUCUGCAGCUCCUGCUGUGAACGUGCCCGGGCGAAUAGCUUUCUGGGAGAAGCAGGAGAAGGAAGAGAAGCAGGAGAGGCAGGAGAAGCAGGAGAAACAGGAGAGGCAGGAGAGGCAGGAGAAGUUAGCAGGGAAUGCAGCGGACACAGUGCGCGCAGUGCCGCCCGUGGCCCCCGCACAGGCGUGGCCUAGCGACAAGGACAAGGCCAUGCAGGGACAGCCUUCACCUCCUGUCCCUGCUGUAGGCGCACAGGCAGAGGUAGCAGCAGGGGGGGCAGGGGGAGCAGUGGGUGCAGUGGGUGCAGGCGGGGCAGCGGAGGGCGAGGAGGAAGCGCAGCAGGAGGUUGAAAUGGAUGUAGAUGACGGGCAGGACGAGCGAGUCGUUGCCUCGCUCUCCCGCCCCUUGCCCCACGCGCACUGGCCCUCCGCGCUCCCCCCGCCUCCGCCCUCACUCCCCCCGCAUCCCGCGCUCUUCCCCCCGCCUGCCGCUGCUGCAGCACCAGUGCAACCCGGAGUGGAGGGGAGAGCGUGGGAAGGCAAGGAGGAAGGGAUGGGAGCAGCGGUGGUUGAGGGUGCAAGCCAGCCCGCCACAGCUGCCCCAGCAGCAGCAGCGGUGGCAUCAGCAGCGGUGGAUGGGGCAAUAGAUGUGCAAGCAGCAGCGGGCAGAGCAGGCGUGCUCACAGCACCCACUGGAGACGCCAACACACCAGCCCUCUCAUCUCACCCCACACCUGCUCCUGCUGCUGCUGCUGCCACUGCUGCUGCAGCUCCCGCUUCUGCUCCUACUGCUGCUCCUGCUGCUGCUGCUGCUGCUGCUGUCAGCACGGGCACACCAGCAGAAGCCCCUUGCCCAGCCCCCACUGCAGCAACGGGCCUGGCAGUCAUAGGCCUUGCUCCCGCCACACUCCCCCCACCUCCCCCCCCUCCCCCUGGGGGCCCUCCUGCCGGCACUGCAGUGCUGGCGUCUUCCAGUGCAGUGCCGCCCGACGCCCCACCUGCCAGAACCAGCCGCCCGGUGCCGCCGAGCAGGCAGAAAGUGGGGUGGCGGGGAUCGUCCAGUAGCACGAGCAGCACGACCAGCUCUACGAGCCCCCCCCGCUCGUCCUCUCUGCGUGCCCGUGGGGGGCGGAAUGGGGAGGGGCGUGGGGGGCGCAGCAGGGGCGCGGGCAGGUCGCCUGAGGGGAGGGGAAGAGGGGGGGAGGCGGGCGAGAGGGAGCGGAAGGAGGGCACGCGUGGAUGGGGCUCGGGGUAUAGAGAGGACGGGGGAAGAGGAGUGGGGGGGAGAAGCAAGGAAAGGGAAGGGGGUGGGAGCAGAGGGGAGGGGAGGGGCGGGAGGGAGGAGUCGGCGCAAGGAAGAGGGAGAGGUGAGGAGAGAGGAGGAAGGUCUAGUAGAGAGGGGGAGGGAGGGGGUAGGGACAGGGAUGGGGCUGGAGGGAGCGUUGGUGGGAGUGGAAGAAUGUACUCCCCCUCACAGGAGAGGGGCGAGCGGGAGAAGGGGCGUGAUGGGUGGGAUCGCAGAUACAGCAGCCGGGACAGGGAGAAGGAGCGGGGCAAGGAGAGGGAGUGGGGCAGGGAUCGGGAUGCGGAUGGGGGGAGGUACGAUAGAAGGGGGAAGGACGAGCGGAGGGAUGAGAGAGGAAGCAGGCGGGAGAAGGACUGGGACGGGAGGAGUGAGCGCGACAGGGAGUGGGAUGACCGGGGGGCGGGGAAAUCCAGGGAUAGAGACAGAGACAGGGACCGGGACAGGGAUUGGGAGAGAGAUAGGGAUAGGGACCGGGAUAGGGACAGGGACAGGGAUAGGGACCGGGACCGGGAUAGGGACAGGGAUAGGGAGAGGGAGAGGGAGCGGGGAAGAGGGGGGCGGGAGUUGGAGCGGGACAGGAGGAGGGAGAGGACGUUUGGCGGGUCUCGAGGUGCCUUCCCGGCGUCUGCUUCAUGGGCUGCUGAGAAAGACGCUGCCGAUGGCCCUGCUGCUGCCACACCCGCCUCGCUCCCUCUUGUUUCCCCCACUGGCGUCCCUGCUGCCGCUGCUGCAGUAGGUGAUGUUGCUCCCUCAGUGAGUGCUGCUGUGCCCCUUGCAGGCAGCAGUGAGGGCGCGACAGCAGAAGGCGUGCAGCAGGGCACGCCACUCCUGCCUGCCGCUCACCACCCGGGGGUUUUAUCACCUGCGCUUGCUGCCUCUGCGCCCGCUGCUUCUGCCAGCGCUGCUGCUCCUGCUCCACUAGCACCACCACAGCAUGCUGCCACAGACGCCGCACCAAAAGACAUUGCUGGUGCUGCCACGGGUGCGCUUGCUGUUGCCCCUGCUCCGCGCUCUGCUGCCUCCCGCCCAGCACCCCCUCCUGCCGCCUCUCCUAGGGGGCAACGCCUCUCCGCGUUCCCUGCUGCCAUCCCCGCGCCUGCCUCCGCCGCACUCACGGCUGGGGCGCUGGCAACAGGGGGGCGAGCAGCAGGAGCAGGGCAACCGGCUACAGCAUAUGGGGGGGGUGCGGGCUCAGGCAGUGUGGCAGGUGGUACAGCAGCGCUGGCAGCGCCUGGAGUCAGUAUGUGUGUUGAAGCCCCAGUGGGGUUGGGGCCGGGGGCAGCAGUUGGUGCAGCACCAAUGCACGUGCUCACUCCAGACCGUGCACUGCUGCCCGCCGCACUGCCCACUGCCCAACACGCAGACAGAGGUGUCGCAGCUGCCACAGCUGUUACAGCAACAGGGGCAGUGGCAGGGGGAGGCAGUGGCGGGGCGGUGGGGGGAGUGGGUGGUGGGGUGCGGCGGUCGAUGGCUGCGGCUGUGGAUGCAAGCAGCAAGAAGGUGGCACGGCAGGAGGCAGUGGAUCUCAAACACAUGGCAGACAAGAGGACGGACAGUGUGGAGAAGGCGGAUGGGUACAUGAGGGCGGCUUUCAAGUUCCUCGACUCGGUUGGCUGUGACCCCUCGAUCCAUGCGCCCGCCCUCGCCUCGCAGGCUGCAGCUGCAGCGCGCACCCUCAAUGAAACGGCCCAGCUCUUUGAGUGUACAGGGCGGCUAUACGAGGCAUCGGCACUGCACGCGCCGGCAGCGCUGGCAUACAAGUGUGCCGCCAUCGCACGCACGCGCGCACUGGCUGCACUGCGCUCCGCCAGCAAGCGGGAGAGGCAGGACCUGCUCAUGCUGGCGGACUCACACCCCCAGCCACAGCAACCUGCUGUUGCUGCUCUGCCUUCCUCCGACCACCAAGGUGUGAGGGCGGGAGCAUCACCAGCAUCAUCAGCAGCAUCGGACGUGGACAAUGCGUCCGCCACUCUCAGGCACUCACACCACCACCACCAUCACCACACACCCCUCUCAGCCUCCAAUCUCAUCGCCCCUGCCUCCUCCCCCUCGCCCUCUCCUGCGCCUGGAACUGCUGCUGCCGUUGCUGGUGCUGGAGCAGGGGGAGCAUCGUGUGUGUGCAUACCGGAUCGCCUGGUGCCCAGCCUGCGCAGAGUACUCAAGGAGGGUAACGACAUGGCAAGCAUAAUGGACACGUGGGGCAAGGCAGCAGCCGCGGCAGCGCAUGCAAUGCAGCACGCGGACGUGAGUGCGGCGGCGCUCAUGAAGCUGCAUGCUGUGGGGGACUGCGCCGGCAUGCUGCCUGGCGACGCUGUGUGGCGCACUGCCCUUGACGCCUUCUCCUCCAUUCGCCCCUGA